AUGGCGGACGUUUCCCACGCCAGUGGGUCCAACUCAGACUGGUCUAACGCGAGGAACCAAGGUCUCGAUGAAUGCAGCCUGACGCGUAAAGGAGGAGGAAGAUCUACAACCACUAUAUCUACAUCUAUUACCAAUUUGCCUACAUCUACAGCCACUUUAUCUACAUCUUUUACCAAUUUGCCUACAUCUACAACCACUAUAUCUACAUCUAUUACCAAUUUGCCUAUAUCUACUACCACUAUAUAUACAUCUAUUACCAAUUUGUCUACAUCUACUACCACUAAGUUUACAUCUGCUACCAGUCUUUCUACAUCUACUACAACUAUUUCCACUUUAUCUACAUCUAUUACCAAUUUGCCUACAUCUGCAACCACUAUAUCUACAUCUAUUACCAAUUUGCCUACAUCUACAACCACUAUAUCUACAUCUAUUACCAAUUUGCCUACAUCUACAGCCACUUUAUCUACAUCUAUUACCAAUUUGCCUACAUCUACAACCACUAUAUCUACAUCUAUUACCAAUUUGCCUACAUCUACAACCACUAUAUCUACAUCUAUUACCAAUUUGCCUACAUCUACAACCACUAUAUCUACAUCUAUUACCAAUUUGCCUACAUCUACAGCCACUUUAUCUACAUCUUUUACCAAUUUGCCUACAUCUACUACCGCUAUGUAUACAUCUAUUACCAAUUUGUCAACAUCUACUACCACUAAGUUUACAUCUGCUACCAGUUUUUCUACAUCUACUACCACUAUUUGA